AUGGGUACGUUCCUUUCAUGGAAUUGUCGCGGCCUUCGUUCUAAACUACAAGACAUUAAAGAUAUCAUCAACAAAUUUCAUCCAAUUUGUAUUGGACUCCAAGAAACCUUCUUGUCGUCCAACAUUCCUCUCAAACUACGUGGUUACAACAGUGUUCGGAAGGAUACAAUCCAUGGAACUGGUGGCGUUUGUGUCCUUACAUCUAACUUAUACCCGAGCACAGUUCUCGCUUUGCGCACUACAUUGCAGGCUGUGGCUGUGCAGGUUCAUGCUCGAAAAUUAGUCACAGUUUGUAGCAUUUAUUUACCACCACACGAUUUGAUUAACCAACAUGAUCUUGAUAAUCUUAUGGACCAGCUUCCCGCGCCUUUUCUGUUAUUUGGCGAUUUUAACGGCCACAGUAUCUUGUGGGGCUCUGAUAGUACAAAUUCUCGCGGGCGACAGAUCGAACGGUUCAUAUCUGAUAACUGUCUCUGUCUCCUUAACAGUGACGAGAAAACCUACUUUCAUGAGCCCACACGUACCUUCCACAGCUUAGACUUGGCCAUAUGCUCUCCUGAUAUCCUACCUUUGCUUAAUUUUAUAGUCGGAAGUGAUCUCCAUGAUAGUGAUCACUUCCCUUUAAUAGUCUCCUAUACUGAAACUGAUUUCAAGCAAUGUCCACCACGUUAUGUCUUUCAGAGGGCUGAUUGGGCUGCUUUCAUGCAACAAGCAGUGAUUUCUGAGAAUAUGGUCAGCAUGGCCGACAUUACACACGCAAUACAAAGUGUCGUCGACUGUUUACUUAAAGCCGCCAAUAAUACCAUACCUAAAAGUUCCCCACGUAUGCGAAAAUUUCGAAGACCGUGGUGGAACGAAGCCUGCCGCGAUAGUUACAGGGAACAAAAGAAACGGUGGAACAUUUUCCGCAGGUACCCUACAUCGGAGAAUCUUAUUGCCUUCAAACGUGCUAGAGCGAAUGCUCGUCGAAUUCGUCGGCGUAGCCAGAGGGAGUCCUGGUGUCGCUUUAUUUCCUCAAUCACAUCCUUUACUUCCAGCAAAUUGUUAUGGAAAAAAGUCAAAGCUGCUAAUGGAGUAUAUAAAGAUUUCUCCUUCCCAGUUUUGAAUACUGGAAAUGGGGUGAUGUCUUCUCCAUUAGACGUUGCCAAUACUCUCGGAGAAGCCUUUGCAAAGGUUUCCGCAGCUGAUAAUUACAUGCCUGCUUUUAUAAUGGCUAAGAAUCGCGCGGAACGGAAGUCUUUGCGUUUCACUACCCGAAACUCCUACUCUUACAAUUCAGAAUUUAGGAUGAAUGAAUUAUUGACGGCCUUGUCUAAAGCACGUGAUACCAGUCCUGGUCCUGAUGGAAUCACCCAGAUUCUUAAUGUGUUACCACCAUCUGUUAAAGGCACAUUAUAUGUGGAUGAUCUUCAGAUCUCUUCCCAAGGGAGCGAUAUGCGCGUAAUCGAACGCCAACUGCAGGUUGCGGUUAACAGGCUAGUAGACUGGUGUGAUGGAAAUGGGCAUACGAUUUCUCCCGAGAAAAGUCGAUGUGUUCACUUUUGCAGGAAGCGUGGCAUCCAUUUGGAUCCUUUAAUCCAUAUCCGGAAUGCUAACAUUCCUGUAGUAAACGAAGUAAAAUUUUUGGGAAUAAUAUUUGACCUUAGGGUCAAAUACUUACCAUCUUAUGAGUCCAUACCCAAUGACGGUUAUCCUGAAGAGCCUUCAUGGGUACCGAUUUUCGAUAAACGGUUUCCAAAGCCCAAAAAAACCCCUUUGAGCUUGCAAUAA